AUGCCGAGCAAGAACCCGAAGACGCUGAGGACGAGCGCCGCUCUGAAGAACCUGAAUAAGGUAGCGAAGAAGCCAACGGCUGCCCACGUCCCAGUCAUCUGGGAGAGACCGCCCCCGUGCCCUCGCAUCGGGUUACCUGCGACGCUCUACAAGAAUGCGAAGAUCUACGUGUCCGACCCGCAGAAGUGCUUCAAGGUGUUCUGUGAUGCCACGAGGGGCGCCAGCGAGGCCAAGGUGUCAUUCUGUGGCGACAAGCCUACCAAGGCGAGGUGGUUGAUUGCGCUGCAGAAAGAUGACGAAUACAAGUAG